UUGUCAACAUAUAAUGAAAGCCUUCACUUGGCAUAAACAGCAGCAAACAAAAAAAGUUUCUUUUUUUUUUUGGUGAAUUCAGCACAAAAAGUGCAAUUAGCUGCAAAUAAUUGAGGAGAGACUCUCGAACCAAACAACAAAGGAUAGAAAAGAAGGAUUUACAGUCGUCACGCUCGUAAAAAACAUUAUUUUUUUCAUCUCCUUUCUUUACUUCAAUUCAUAAAUGACAAAGAAAGGACAUAAGCAGAAGUCUGAAAAAGAGAUAGUCGAGAAGAAAGAGGAGGAGAAAAAGGAUGGAGAUGAAGAAGAAAUUAAUUCCGGAUUUGGAAACUAUUUAAAAUCGUCUACUGGUCAGGAAAUGUUGCGAAUGUUUGUUGUUGUGAACUCAAUUGUUAUGUUUCUUACUAUGGCAUGGCCACAAAUGAAAAGCAGUUAUGAAUUUUUAGUACAGCUUAUAAAUGAAAACUUUGGUUCCAUGUAUAGUGCCGGUAUGUUUAAGCUUAUUAAUGAUUAUUUUCGUUCUGAAUACAAGACAUACUUAAGUACGGAAUUUAAGAGGAACAAAUACUUGAUGCCCAAUGUUGAACUACCAGAUCACAUCCAAAAAGACAUCCAACAACAUGAUGAGACAAAACCGAAAGUUAUCUUCUACCUACCAAAAUAUAUCAAAGACUUAUCAUCACCGGCACCGCAGUGCAUUGCCACAAAGACAAAAAAUACUCAAAACAAUGAGGAUGAUGAAGACAUUGUGAAUUAUUGGCUUGAUCAAAACCGAAACAAAGACGAUAAAAUUGAAGCUCAUUGUCAAGUGGAUGAAAAUUUAAAAUGUAAAGACAAUUGA